GUUUCAAUAGACACACACACACUCAAGCAUAAAUUUUCAUAGCAGUUGAGAGUCAAGUCAAAAGCAAAAAUAUUUUUUUUCCUGAGCAGAAAAAAAAAACAAAAAGAAAGAAACAAUUUUAACAUCGCGACUAUGAGCGCCCCAAGCAACAAAAUGUCCGCCACAGACCAAAUGCGCGCUAUGCUGGACCAGUUAAUGGGCACCGCUCGUAACGGAGAUGAGAGGCAACUGAAAUUCUCGGACACUCGGGUCUGCAAGUCGUUCCUGCUGGAUUGCUGCCCACACGACAUAUUGGCGUCCACACGGAUGGAUCUGGGUGAGUGUCCCAAAGUGCAUGACCUGGCUUUCCGUGCAGAUUACGAGAGUGCGGCCAAAUCACGAGACUACUACUACGACAUUGAGGCCAUGGAGCAUCUGCAGGCCUUUAUUGCAGACUGCGACCGCCGCACAGAUGCUGCCAAGCAGCGGCUGAAGGAGACGCAAGAAGAGUUGACCGCUGAAGUGGCAGAGAAGGCGAAUGCCGUGCACGCACUGGCCGAGGAAAUUGGCAAGAAACUGGCUAAAGCCGAGGCCCUGGGCGAGGCUGGCGAAGUGGAGGACAGCAUGGAGCUGAUGAAGGAGAUUGACGAGUUGCGGGGCAAGAAGACCAAAGCCGAGCAUGAAUACCGCACCUCCAUGCCAGCCUCCACAUACCAGCAGCAGAAGCUGAGGGUCUGCGAAGUUUGCUCCGCCUACUUGGGUAUCCACGACAAUGACAUACGGCUGGCGGACCACUUUGGUGGUAAGUUGCAUCUGGGAUUCCUCACCAUACGAGAGAAGCUGAUCGAGCUGGAGAAGACCGCAGCGCCGAGGAAGGCCGAACUAAAGCGAACGGGUAAGAUACCAGAUCGCGACGAUGAGGGCAGAAGCCGAAAUCGCUACUUUGUAGGUGGGCGUGAGUUGGAUCGACGCUCGCGGGUGCAUCGUUCAAGGUCCCGUGAGCGUCAGCGGGGUGGUGGAGGCGGUGGCCAGCGCGAUGGUGAUCGUGAUCGAAGCGAACGAAGUGACCGCAAUGGACGUACAGCGACUGAAGAUCGUUCCAAGGGUGAUGGUGGUAGCGGUGGCGGUGGCGGCGGGGAUGUCAUCGAGCGUGGUGAUCGUCCUGGCCGUGACCGAGACGGCGGACGCGACCAUCGUGAUGGUCGCAGGAACGAUCGAGAAAGACACCAGCGCAAUGACAGAGGACGCUUUGGAGGCGGAGGAGACAGACGUGGUGGUGGCGGUGGUGCUGGUGGUGAUGAAAGACGAAGAUCACCCCGGUCCAGGGAGCGUUCGCCUCGCCACGAUAGACGAAACUAUAAUCACUUUGCCGGCGGUAACAACAACAACAACAACAAUAACCGUAGACGUUCCUAUUCCCGCGAGCGUUAUCGUCGCUAGACAUUGCAUUUGGAUAUGGAUUCACAGUUCCAGUUCCUGACGAGAGAUCGAGAGAGAUGCAAUUAGCGAGCAGAAUUUUGGGUCAGCGCACGUACGUAGAAUUAAUUAAAUACCAACCACCAACAAUUAAGCAAAAAACAAAUGAAAACUACAGCAAAACUAAAUAAUUUAUGAAAUUAACAUUAGACCCUAAAAUCAUAUAUAGUAUAUAUAUUUGUUUCUAUAUAUAUCCUAUAUAUAUCUAUACACAUUCAUUGAUAUUCAUUGUAAAAUGUUAAUAAUUUUUCCAUUUGAUUUGACUCUUCUCCUUCUCCUUACCCUCCACUUCAAAAAACAAAAACUUAAAAUCACAAAAAAAUAAAGCUCUAAAACUUAUGUAAAUGAUAUAACUGAAUAGAAAACCAAGAAAAGAAAACAAAAAAAACGAAACAAAAUCGAAAA